AUGAGUGCAGAAGCAGCAAAUGUAGACAUCACCUCAGGAGCUGCGGAUACACCGGAGACCUCGCACGUUGCUGCUCAAGGCAAGGGGUUGCUGCUUGCUGCUGGCCUAACCGGUAGCAGCAGCAGCAGCAGCAGCGACAGCAGCAGCAGACGCAGCAGUAGCAGCGAGGGCAGCAGCAGAAGCAGCAGCACAGCGCCGCUGCAGCGAGCAGUUGGGAACGUUUGGGGAUCGCCGUUUGAAGGAGAAUAUGCAGCAGCAAGUGCAGAAAUGCAGUGUACGGACAACUGCACAGAUAGCAUGCAUGCAACAGCAGAAAAUUGGGGCGUAGAGACACCUGGCUGUCUCUCUUCUCAGCGGUCUCCUUUCUCCUGCUUGCCGCGGCCCGUAGCAGCUGGCACAGAAGGAGACAGAGAAGUCAGAGGAGACAGAAAAUGCCACAAAGAAGGAGAGAGAGAUGUAAAGAGAGAAGAAUACAGAGAGGGAGACAAUGAAGCCGCCAGAGAGGGAGACGGGGAGAGGAAAGGAGACAAGGGAGACAGAAAAGGAGGCACAGAAGCAGACACAAACUCCAGAGACAAAUUGGAGGAUACAGAUGCUGCAGAAGAGCAGCAAACACCCAAGCAAGAAGACAACAGCCUCACAAGCAGCAGCAGCAGCAGCAGCAGCGAACACAGCUUCAGGCUGGCUAGGCUAGGAGAUAUAAAGGAGACACGAGAUUCCGUUUCCCCCUGCAGCAACGGCAGCAGAAGCAGCAUUGAGCAGCUGCAGCUGCAAGACCUUGACACACACGAACGCACUGCAGAACCAAGCAACGAGACGCAGCAGCAGCAGCAGCAGCAACAGCAGCAGCCGCUGCUGGACCUCCAAAGUGAAAUGCAGGAACGGUCCCAGCUGCUGCAGCAGCCGCGGCAGCACCGGGAUCAAGAGGAGCCCCUGAAGCAGCAGGUGCAGCAACAGCAGCAGGAGCAGCAACAGCAGGAGAAGCACCUGCAGCAGCAGCCGCUGCAUCUGCCGCUGCAGGAUGCUGCGACGCAGCAGCAGCUGCAGGAAGAAGAGGCAUCGGCAAUCAAUGAAGAGCUUCUGCUGCAGCAAAAAAUGUCCGAGCAACACCCCAAAAAGCAACAGCAGCAGCAUCACACGCACACACAAGAGCUUCUUCAAAGCCUCGAGCUGUGGGAAACGCAGCAGCAACAGCAACCGCAACAAAAUGAGGCAGACAAGGAGCAACAGCACAACCAAGCAAAAUGCCUGCCCACUAUGGAACAGCAACACGAGCAGCAGCAUAUUCAACAGCAGCAGCAGCUACAGCCACAGCUGGAAAAGCUACAAGAGCAGCAGCAGCAGCAUCCACAGCAGCAAUGGCGACUGCAGGAACUGCGGCAGCAGGAGCUGCAAAUCCGGCAGCAGCAGCGAGAGGAACAGCUGCAGCAGCAAAAACAACUGCACCAGGAGGUGCAGCAGCAAGGGCAGCACCAAGUGCAGCACCAAGUGCAGCGGCAACCACAAACUACGGAUGAGACGAAGCACCAGAAAGAGAUGCAACAGCAACAACGGGAAUGGCAGCACCUGCAACAAGAGCAGCAGCUGCAGCAGCUGCAGCAGCAACAUCAAAUCGGGCAAGCACGAAUGCAUGAGCGGCAGAUGCAGCAACAAAAACACCAGCAACAACAGCAGCAGCAGCUGGGGGCCCUGGAGGUCGAAGAGCAGCGCCAGCAGCGGCAGCAGCAGACCCACGACGGCGUGCAACACUCACAUCUUGCGCAGCAGCAGCAGCAGAAGCAGCAACUGUCGGAGCAACAGCAGGGUGUGUCUUCUGGUGAGUUGAGUUGCAUGCAUAGUCCCUCGCACUGCAGUUUGUCUCCUGAUGGCCUCCAAAGCCAAGAAGGAGAAAUUGUGGGGUCCCUUAGUCCCCUGCAGCUGCUGCAAGCAGCGCCUCUGCCUCGCGUCUGCCGCAGCAGCAAACCAGAAGCAGAUCAGCAGCAAAAGAAAAACCUGCUGCGCAUUAUACCAUCCACUGCCGUCGAGGAGAUAACUCCUGCAGAAGAGGGACCGCAGACCCUGAGACAGUCCGAGGAUCGCCUGGAGAUCGUUGCCCGUGAGCGCCCUGGGAUCGUCUCCGGGGAUCGCCUUGGGAUCCUCUCCCGGGAUAGUCUGGGGAUCGUCUCCGGCGAACCUGUUGGGAUCGUAUCUGGGAAUGGACCUGGCAUCGUCCCAGGGGACAGUCUUGGGGUCGUCCCCGGAGGCAGCCCUGGGAUCGUCUCCUGGGAUCAUCCUGGGGUUGUCUCCGGGGAUCUGCUGCGGGAGGAGGGCGAGUUCCUAAGCCCCGAAGAGGCAGCACAGCGAGCAGCUUAUUUCGCUUUGGUUGCAGAGAUGGCAGCAAACCAUGCAACAGAACUGGAAGACGGUGAAGCACCACUCUCACCUAGUCUCCCCUCGGGGGGACCCCUGGGUGGCAACCCCGGUGACCCUAUGGGGGAGGGGCUCCUGCGGGGCCCCUUUGGCGGGGGAGCCCCGGAGGGCCCCAUGGUUGGGGGACCCCAGUCGCUGCCGGGCUAUGCUGCGUUGCUGCAGCAGACGCAGCUGGCAAAGCAAAUGCAGCAGUGGCUGCCCCAAGAAGCAGCAGAGCCAACGCUACUCCCAGACACCCGUAGAAGAGGCAGCAGCAGAAGCCGCAGCAAACGGCAGCAAACAAGCACAGAAACAGAGGGGGGGGACGGCGCUAUGUUGCAGCCGUCUCACAACCGUCAGCGUCCAGCAGCCCCUGGAGCUCCUCCAACGCCGCAGCGGGCUGCUGCUGCAGUAGCCGCAACAGAUGCUGCAGCAGCAACAGCUGAUGCUGCUGCUGCUGCAUCAGCAGGAACCGCAGCUGAUGAAAACAGGGAAGCACACUCCAUUGCCAUAGCCACUGGCCAUACACAGCAACUGCAUCAGGGGCAGCACCAACAGCAGGAAGCGCAGAUGCUGCAGGCAUUAGCUGCUCAGGCUGAGGAGUUGCAGCGGCAGCAGCGCGUGGCUGAGGAGUUGCAGCGGGAGGCAAUACAGGAGAAGCAGGAGGCGCAGCAGCAACUGCAGCAAGCGCUGCAUCAGCAGCAAAAGGCACAGAGCCUCUUAGCCCUUGCAAACCAAAAGGAAGAAAGCCUCAGUCAGCAGCGGGAGCAACUGGAAAUGCAGCACGAGCUGCAACGCCGGCUGCAGCAGGAGUUGCAGCUGCGGGAGGCGCAGCAGCGACAGCGGGAAGUGCUGCAGCAGCAGCUGCAGCAGCAGCAGCAACAGCAACAGCAAAUGAAGCAACACCAAGAACGACAACAACUGCAACACCAAGAACUUAUGCUGCAGAUGAGGCAGCAGUUACUCGAGCAGCAGCUGUUGAGACACCAGCAGGUCGUAGCAGACUUCGAUAGUCAGGUGGCAGAGCAGCAGCGGCAGCGGGAGCUGCUGCAGCAGCAGCAGCUGCAGCUGCAGCAGCAAAUGGAGGAACUAAAGACCCGCGAACAGCAGCAGCAGCAGCAAGAACAGCAGCUUAAUCAACGACGCAGUCAGCUACAGCAGCUCGAGGAGGAGACCGCCAUACGAGAGAAACGCAUGCAAGAGCAGCAGCAGCAGCAGCAGAUCAAGGAGCAAGUGCUGCAGCAGCAGCAGCAGCAGCAGCAACAGACAGCAGAACAACUGGCGCAGCAGAAACUAAAGCUGGAAGAGAUGGAGAGACAGAUUGAAGAGAAGACCGCUAAAGCAGCAGAAGCAGCAGCAGCACAAGCAGCACAAGCAGCACAAGCAGCAUCGGCCACUGCAUCGAAUGGAGUUGAUUGCGAUGGCUCGAUGUCUGUCUUUUCAUUUUUUGCUUCGCAUCGGGUCAAGGCAGAGGAGCCGCAGCCGCAGCAGCAGCAGCAGCAGCAGCAGCUACAGCAGCAGCAACAGCAGCAACUAGAGCAGCAGCUUAUAUCUAUCUGUCUCAGCUAUCUGAACCAGCAAAGGAGGCACUUGGCCCUCCUGAGGAAACCCCUAGAGGCGGAGGGACAGCUCCUCCGGCUAGCAGCAGCAGACCAGCCAGCCCCGACGCCAGCGACAGCAGCAGCAGUUGCUGCUGCGGCCGGUGCUCCUGCUGCUGCUGCUGCUGCACUCCCUUGCAGCGUCAGCAACCCCGCUGCUGGCGAGAGCCAGCGCUGCAUUGUAUCUCUGAAGCUGAAGACCUGGAACGCCACAGCAAGGUGCGUCCGUCUCGCCCUCUCCGCCUUCACGAACAGAGCCAAAUAUCUAAUGGCUAACUCGGCCCCCCGGGGGCCCCUCGGGACCGUCCUGCAAGAUACCCUCCUAGCCCCUCCCGUAGGGGCCCCCUUGGGGGCCCCUGUAGGGGCUUCCUUGGGGGUGCCCGUAAGGGCUCCCUUAGGGGCCUCACUAGGUGCCUCUGGAGGCCCCUUGUUUGCUGCUGCUGCCGCAGCAGGCAGGAUGCAGCAGCAGCCCAGCCACAGCAGCACGAUCCUCCCCCCCACUGCUGCUGAAAUAUCAACGGCGGCUUUGCAUUUAAGCAGCAGCGAAAACUGCGUUGCAGCAGAGGCUGGAGCCUCGACCGCAACUACACCAGCAGCAGCAGCAGCAGCAGCAACAACACCAACAAACGCAACAGCAGCAGGGGCGAUUCCCCACGUAGUUUUUGACCCAGUGCCUGCUAACUACGCAGCAGCCGCUGCCGCAGCAGAGCCGUCUCCGCUGCCGCCACCGUUGCAGCAGCAACAGCAGCAACAGCAACAGAACGUUUGUCAUCUGCCUGCAGCAGCACUUGCUGCUGCCCCUGGAGACCCAUCAACAGUAAUAGAGGGGCCCCCUGAGCGGCUUUGUUCUGGCUCAUCAGAGGUAUUUAUGCGUCUACAAUCGGGGCUGCAGGUAGGAGAUAUCUCUGUGUUAGGGUUUACGGGGCCCUCGCACUAUCCAUGGCCUGCAGCAAGCGGUACCAAGGGGGCCCCUGGGGGAAACCCCCUUCUCGCCGAAGCUCAGCCCAGCAGCAACCAAAACCCUGCUGACCUUCGAGUUGCAGCAAAAGAGCAGCAGACAGCAGCGUUUGCUGCUGCUGCAACAACAAGUGCAAGGAGGACGAUACAUAGGGGCCAGGGGGCGUCAGGGGCCCCACAAACAGACACUGCAGCAACAGCAGCAGCAGCAGCAGCAACUGCUGCUGCCCCUGCAGCAGCAGGGUGGGAGACUCCCCGUUUGCAGCUGCAGCGCCGCCAGCAACUCACUGCCCUCCCACCCUCCAUGGGCCACGUCUCUAGUAGUUAA